GCCAUUCUGCGUCUUUGUACUUCAGUCGCGACUUGAGUGGCUUUGUGCUUACGCUAACCAUGCCUGAACCAGGAAAAUCGGCUCCGGCCCCCAAAAAGGGAUCCAAGAAAGCCGUGACCAAGGCUCAGAAGAAAGAUGGCAAGAAGCGCAAGCGCAGCCGCAAGGAGAGCUAUUCCGUCUACGUCUACAAAGUGCUGAAGCAAGUCCACCCUGAUACCGGCAUCUCCUCCAAGGCAAUGGGCAUCAUGAACUCCUUCGUCAACGACAUCUUCGAGCGUAUCGCCAGCGAGGCUUCUCGCCUGGCCCACUACAACAAGCGCUCGACCAUCACAUCCCGGGAGAUCCAGACGGCUGUGCGCCUGCUGCUGCCCGGGGAACUGGCCAAGCACGCCGUGUCGGAGGGCACUAAGGCCGUCACCAAGUACACCAGCUCCAAGUAAGCGGCUGCUGCAGGAGUCAUCGACUUCCCACGAAACAAAGGCUCUUUUCAGAGCCACCCACUUUUUCAGAAAAAGAUGCUAUUCACUUAAUGUUAAAACAAAACACGGUUCCUUUUCACUGAUAAUGUUGGGGAAACUGGGGGGGGUUGCUUUACAGAUAACUCGAAUAAUCUCGUUCUGCUAAAGCAGGUCGACUACGUUGUAUGACAACCGAAAUCGGUAAACAUCGGCAGAUUUCUUCAGAUUUGCUCCUAUUAUAGGGAAUAGACCUAUAAUUUGUUAGUAAUGGGUCAUUUCUGCACGCUGAAAUUCUGAAAACGGGCCUACGAUUAAGUGACUUGCCCCAGGGAAUAGAGCGAUUUAAAAUCGAGUCUAGUUCAAACGGGGGCUCUACGCCACGUUUCCUUCUCCUAAUCGACUUCUCUUUUAAUAAAGGUCUGCAUUCAGUCCCUGCUCAGCCAUCCUCGCGAGACUGCGUGGUGAAAGAGAUUGAGCGCUAGAUGCCUACGAGUCAGGACUAGCCGGUUUUUUAAGACCUGCCUCUUAUCUGCUACCUAGAUGCUUAAUCCUGGGCAUGUUUUUAGACCUGUAGGCAAUUCUCUAGGACUAGUUGCAGCGAAGCGGGCCUGCAUUGGUAGGUGCGUUCCUAAUUGGUAGGAGUACUUCGCUAUGCCUGUGAAAUCACAGGACCGUUCUCUAUCCUGUCCCUGAAACACCGGCGCAUUGUGGGAACUGGCGGGAAAACCUUCUCUUAAACGUUUUUCCUUUCCAAGAAAUCUUAAUUUCCUCGCCGUGUUUAUUCUGCCUCUUCCCCCCUUACCAUAAUAAGCAGAAAGGAAUUAAUUUCUAACAGUCAUUCUCCAUGUUUUAUGGAGACAGGUAUGGUCCUUAUCCCUCGGGCCCUAUUAUGAUAUGGUGAAGAUCAUCCCACAACUUCCCCGCUUUCAAUUCUCAGUCAUAACUCCUAAGAGAUAUUGGGCAUGGACCUGCGAGUGUCGGAAAGGCUUCGGAGAAAAUGCUGGUUUUCAUUUUCCCCAAAAUUUGUCCCUUUUUUCGAUUGAUUUUUAUCCUGCUGAAGGUACGUUUUGUAGGGAACAUAAAAGAGAGAAAGGAUAGUGGCAAAGGAGUGCUUCCUGCGACUUUGGAGUUGAGGAAGCAGAGCCACAGCGCUUAGAAUGUUCAAAGUGGGACUGGAUGGGAUACGCCCUACCCCCACCCCUCUUCCUCCGGCAUUAGGCGGUUUGGGCAUCCAUCAAUGAGUGUAGAAGUGCUCCUCAGACUACCAGCCAGCAAUACUUACGACUGAAAUUUUUUAAACAAAAAACAAGAAUACUUUUUCUUCCAAGUGGGUCCUAGAUUUCAUCUCUUCUUCCAUUCCUAUUUCAGAAGUCCCACAAGAUGAAAGAUCGCUUAGUUUAGUAGAAAAUACAGGGGGUAGCUAGGCAAUUCAUUGGCUUGAGAGCCAGGACCUGAGGGAAGUCCUGAUUUCAGUUCUGACCUCAGACAAUUCCUAGGUGUGUGACUCCUGGCAAGUCACUUAUCGCCUAGCCCUUUCUGUUCUUCUGCCUUGGGACCAAUACUUAGUAUUGAUUCUAAGAUAGAAGGUAAGGGUUUAAAAAAAGAAAAUGCAUUGGCCUGAGAAUCAUUCAAGAGACCAAAUGUUCUGCUGAUAACUAGCUGAAUGACCUUGGUCUCAGUUUAUUUCUCUGAUCAGUCUUCUUUUCUGUAAAAUAAGGUUAGAAACGUUCUUUAAAUUUCCUUUGAGCUCAGAAAUGCUAUAGAAUCUUAACUUCCAUCUUCUAAAUUCCACUAGUGUGACAAUAGUCAUUGUGUAGUCUCAGCAGAACACCCAAUAGUUACUUUCUAUCCAAAGCUUCUGGGGAGGGGAAAAAAUGACUGGAAGGGCCAGAUUCUUUUCAUUCUUGAAAUCAGCAUAAUCUAAAUCCAAGUUCCUUUAUUAUCUCUGAAGGAUGACAAAGAAGGGCCAGACUGGGACUAAAAAGAAACUUAAGACUCCCUUUUACCGAGCCAGCCCAAGGAAGCUCUGCUCAUUCCUUUCAUAGGCAAAUCUUUUGUGCUCCAGAAAGUAUUUACAAGUUAUCCUAUUCACUUGUCCUUGAAAUGUCCUUUUUUUAAAAACUUUUUUUAAAACUUCUAUGCCCUUGUACACCAGGAUUUGUGUGAUUAGCAUAAGCAUACUCAGCACAUUUAAAGUGAACAUUUAAUUUAACAACUAAAUUUUAAAAUAUUAAAGCUGGGUUUGAAUACUAGUUCUAUUAUUUACAACCUUUCUGGAUCUCUACUUCCUCACUUGUAAAAUAAAGGGAUUAAACAGAAUUAUUUUAAAGCCCCAUCCAAUAUGAAUUUAGAUAGGAGUAAUAGAUAAAAUAGAGUAUUUUUAAAAUUCCAAUUCUGCAAAGGAUUCUUGAAUCAAACUUUUUCCUUUACCCUAAAAUACUGUCAACCUGGAAAAACAGAAUCACUAAAGUAGUCAGCAAAACCAAGUCUUUAAUCAAGAAAGAGAUAGUGUAGAACACUAUCAAUAUUCAGCCUAUCAGGGGACAGGGGCAAAAUUGGGGUUUCCCAAAACCCCAGUUGACAAUACAGAACAUUCUUUUCAGUUUUAUAUUUGUGAUUCAGUUAGCCCAUUUGAGAUUUUCUUGAUGAAGAUACUACAGCGACUUGCCAGUUCCUUCUCCAGCUCAUUUUCCAUAUGAAGAGACCAAGCCAAAAAGGGGUAAGUGAUUUGUUCCAGGUCGCACAGUCUUUGAGGAGAGAUUUGAAAUCAGGAAAAUGAGAUUUCCUAACUCCAGGCCCAGGUCCCAUGAAUUAUCCCCUUUGACAUAUCAAGGCUUUAUUUUACAGACCAAAAAAAUCUCCCCAGUGAUUUUUCCUUAACAGCUGCACUUUACUAUGAAGGGCCAAUAGGGAAGCUCAAGGAUGAGACCAGAAAAGAAUCCUUUAAAAAUUAAAUAUAUUCAUCCGUCAACUGUGUUUUUGGGAACCCCACUUUUGCUCCAGUCCCCUAAGAAUUCACCCCAAAGGAAGUCCCAGCCUCACCCAUUUCAGACUGAACAACAGACCUUAAAGUACUUAAUGAUCCCAAACUAGUAAGACUAGCAGACCCAAUCAAAUGUUAAGUACCCUUUUAGCCUCUCCCUGAUAAUCCUCAUUUCCUUGUAGCCAUGGUAAUGCCAAUCAAUCAUAUUUCCCUGUCCUUAGUUUCCCAAAUAGUAUUUGUUUCCCAAGUUCUAGUGUUCUUUGGAGAAUCUUCUAGCACAUUGAUCCUCCCAAGAGAUACUGUCCCCAGAGCCCCAGAGUUUUGACCCUUUGUAGUUUUUAGUUCUUGGGUCUGUGAUAGCAGCAGAUUACUGGACCUAUCUCUUUCCUGAGUAAAGGCGUGGUUUUUCUGACUACUUUAGUAGUUCUGUGUUUUUCCAAGUUGACAAAUCUUUUUUUUUUCUUUUCUGGUACUUUCCAGAGCCCCAGAUUGUCAUUCUAUGAGGUACACCACAGACAACAACCUGAAUCCAGAUGAAUCCAACUGAUUGGUUUUUCUCUGAACAAUCUCCAGCCAAAUAGAAUCCCCAGGCAGAAGCAGAAAUCAUUUUGAAGGCAGGAAAGGGAGAGUGCAGACAGCUAGCUGGAAGCCAACAGAAAGUGUGUUCUGCCAAGCAGGAAUGUCAGCAUAGCAAGUGGACCAGUGCCUUUGAAAGAGUCUGGUAUAGGGGUCUCAGAUCAACCUACUAGACCAGUGUCCUUCCUUCGAACACCAGAGCUUAGAUAAAGCAGGAAAGGGAUAUAUAAUUGGGAAGAAGAGCAAAUGAACAGAAAUAACAGAAGCUCAGACUAUGGCGACAGGAAGCAAGAGAACCCAAAGUAAGGCUGCCUUCCUUGGCAUGAUACACAUCCUAAACAACUCAAUCCCACCAUGUCAAAGGGUACAUUGGGGUAUACUCCUUUGCAUAUAUCUAUGGUAAUUAGCACAGGAUGGAGAAAUUAAGACAAAACCUAUAUGACAGAGAGGUUGAGGUUUUCUUCUUUGCUUUUUCUUUAUUUUGUAGUGGAAGGAAAAAAGUAGAAAGAAUCCUCAAAAACCCACCAUGGUAAAAUAAAGAGAUCACUGGCUUUAAAAUGAUUAAAGCUCAACUUGAACAAUGGUUCUGUUAUUUACUAUCUUUCUGGAUCUCUAGUUCCUUACUUGUAAAAUGUAGUAAUUAGCUGAGAUUAUUUGUCUAGUCCACAAUUUAGAUGGGGACAGUUCUUUAUGCCAGAAUUGAUCAUAGAAAUUCAAUAAUCAACUUGAUGAGGGGGGUGGAAAGUAUAUCUCCCAAUGGAGGGUUGAGUAUGUCCACUGACAUCUUAUAGAAAGGAUUAAAAACAUCUCAACUGGAUCCAUUGGGAAUUGAUUAGUUGGCUUAGGCUUUUAUGGAAUGGGGGCCAGGCUUUGUGCUUAGUCUAUAAAAGGGAACUGGCCUACCAGUUACACUCUUUUCUGAAGACCCUAGAUAUGCCAGUUGCUAAUCCUUCAAAGGGAUAUAAACAUUCUGCCUUCUCUCGACCAUCCUAUAUUGACUAGCCCACCCACUAAGAUGCCAGCUACUCAGGAGAGGCAAAGUAGAGAGGAUCCCAAGUAUGGUGGAAGCUAUAGUAGUAGAUUGACUAGAAAUUCUAGAUUCAGCCACAGAAAGACAGCUAUACAUGUCCUUAGUCAUGGAAUCAGGAGGCCAGAGUUUGGAAAUUCAGCCUUCUGAAUAGGGGAGGAACUCUUGGGCAGCAUAAGACUCCUGGAAAACUCAGAAAAGCCUCCUCAGUAGAGGAAGAAUUCUCAAGUUUAGGAUUAUCCUAUGUAAGACUUUGGAAGUAACCUAGUACAAUGCCCCUUAUUUGACACAUCAGAGAACUGUAGCCCAGAGAUUUUAAAUAGUUUUCCCAUGGUCACUUCAAGGGUGAGAUUUGAACCCAGAUCCUCUAACUCCAGAUGUUAUUUUUACUCUUUCCACUGGACUGUGUUGUUUCUUGGGGAUAGGAGAAUUACCCUAAAGUUAGAAAAACCAUCUAGGUUCUAAUUCCAUGAUACUGAGAGCAAGAGGUCUUGGAAAUAAUGCCAGUCCAGUGGGGUGGGGAGAUUGCUUCUUCCAGCAGCCCUAAUUUCAUUUCCAUCGAGAGAGCCAAGGCCCCAUUGUGAUAUCAAAAGAUUAGAGGCCUUUUUAGGUCAAAAUGGUGAAUAUGGGACCACAUGAAAUGUUCAGAGAGGCUGCCUUUAACUAACCCUUUGUUUUUUCCUCAGCUGAAGUGAAUCUAGACCACAGGGUGGUGCUAUGAUUCUAGAGCAAUGGCUUCCACAUAUAUUUUCAUUAGGCACUCCCACAAUAAAAAUUAUUUGGGGCAUGAACACCUCUCUCAUGUGUGUGCUUACUCAUGAAUUAUAUAUGUGUAUACUAUUGUACUAAUAUGUACAUUGUUUUAAAGGACUAUUUGGAAUUAUUAAAAAAAGAAUGGUCAAAAAUGGAAUUUAAAGAUAGCCGAGAUAAGAUAAAAUAAACUAUUUUGGGAGUUUUUAUUUUAUUAAAGGUACAAAGAAAUGUUUUGUUCUUGAGAAUAGUGUCAGGUGUGUCUAACACAAGCACUGGGUUUGGAGUCGGAGGACCUGGUUUCAAAUCCCACAGGGACACUAAAUAUCCGUGUGACCUUGGGCAAAUCACUCUGCCUUCCUGGUCUCAGUUCCUGAAGGGUUCAGGCACCUGGAUGGCCUUUAAUUCUAGUUCUUUUACACUAUGAAGGAAAAAAUACCUGUUUGUGCCCCCUGAAAGCUGAGACAGAUAUGUAAAGAAUAGUUGUUUAUUAUUAAUUAAUCAGUUAAUUUGAUGGAGAUAGCUAACCAAGUGGGAGAAUUUUGCUUUAAGGAUAUUUUAUUGGAGGAUAUCCAAUAUAAGUCAAGCAAUAGGUCCUAAAAGUCAGUGAACAUGAAACAGCAAGUUUUCAGCAAGCCAUUUUUCCCUAUAUGAUGAUUCACCAUAUAUAUAAGGCAAAAGGGAAUUAUCUCAUGUCAGAGCCUCAGCUAAAACUAAUAAUGAGAUUGAUGAUGAUAGAAUUCAUAUAGGGCUUACUAUGUACCAGGCUCUUUAACUAUGAUCUCACUUGAUCCUUACUCCUGGGAGGAAGGUGUUCUUAUUAUGCCCAUUUUGUUAUCCCCAGUUGAGGAAACUGAGACAGACAAAAAUUAAGUGACUUGCCCUAAAUGACACAAUUAAUAAGUUUCUGAGGCCAGAUUUGAAUUCAAGGCUUCCAAACUCCUGGCCUAUCACGUACAGACUUUCCUGGCUUCCUUAAAGUCCUAACUAAAAUCUCAUCAUCUAUAGAAAUGUUUUCCCAAUCCUUCAGUCUUCUUAGUUAUUCCUUAUUUAGCCUGUAUAUAGUUUGUUUACACAUAUUUGUUGUCUCUUCUAUUAGAAUGUAAGAUCCUCCAGGACAGUGCCUGGCACACAGGCAGUGUCUGAUAAAUGAUUAUUGACUAACUGACCAGAACUCUCUCCAUUGUACCACUUAGCUGCUAUUAAUUACUAUAAAUUUAUUUCUCUUUCUUUACAUGGUGCUCCUAAAUGGAGAUCAUUGUAACUUCAUUUCCAUUCA